AGCGAUUAAUUCAGAAAGAUAAUACAACCUUCAAAGUUCAAAAAAUUAUACUUCCACUAAUUAAAACGCGUGUUUAGUUUUCGGUUCCAGAAGGAAAAAAAAUUCUUAAAAUUUAUAUAGCAACGGAUAAGUUUCUUAAAUCUCACCUACUAUCUUUUGUAUAUUGAUGCAGAAAAUGCUGCUUUUUUCCACCGUUUUUACUGCCUUGUUUCUCUUGGAAGCUCAUGGCAGAGUCGUUGAUCCCAGACAAAGAGAGAAAGUUUUUGGUGGUGUCGAGGUGCCCGCAGGAGAAAUCCCGUGGCAAGUGUCAAUACAAAUUUACACUGGAUUCCACUGGUGCGGUGGAUCAAUAAUCAACGAAAAAUGGGUCCUCACAGCAGCACAUUGUGCUCAAAACUGGAAUAUUAACAGUCUUCGAGUAGUCGCCGGAACGAUCCAAACUGACCUGCCUGGAUCUGUGCACACCGUGAGCAGAAUAAUCACCCACGAAAACUACAAUGAAGAGAUGCAUUCAAAUGAUAUCGCCCUCUGGGAGAUAACCGAUUCUUUUGUCUGGGACAAUCAAACAUCCCCAGUAAAACUUCCCAUUAAAAACGUUGAGACUCCUGCUGGAACUCUGCUGACUGUUUCUGGAUUCACAACGGUAUCAGCAAACCCAGAUCCUCUAAGAAAAGUGGAAAUUCCUGUUAUUUCUAAAGCAGCGUGCAACGAGAGCUACGUCGAUUUUGGCGGAAUUUCAGCCGACCAGAUUUGUGCUGGUGUCCCAGAGCAGGGUCUCAGCUCCUGUCAGGGUGACGGCGGCGGACCCCUUUUCCUGCCAGCAGAAAGCGAAAUUCGCGGACUUGUUGCUUGGGGCUACAUGUGCGGGUUUCAAGCACAAUCCGGAGUUUACACCGAAGUGUCUGCUUACCUCGACUGGAUCCUGAGCAACUCUCAAAUUUAAUUUCACAUUAAUUAAAAAAUAAAAAUUUAAAACAUUUUCCCUUAAUUUUCAGUACAAAAUCAAAUUAAAUUCUCAGAUUUAAAAAAAAUUUUAAUUUCUGUGUGAAAUUUCUUUGAUUAAACGUGUUAUGAAAAUUUGUUAAUAAAAACAGUGAAAUAAAAGAAGAUAUUUCUAUC